CUGGAGUCGCGCGCUAUUCGAAGCGAGAAUUGCGGUGGGGCAUCGUCCUGGGUGUCAUGCGAUCAUAGCAGCUUCCACAACUCUACAUUGACCGACAUUUGAAGCUCCAACAUGGUCCCUCAGCGGCCGAUGAUCAUACAAUCGCAGUUCCUGAGACAUUUCUGUCCGCGACACACCUCGAAAGCAGCUCCAUUCUUGCGAACACGUCGACAUAGAGGCAUUCAUACAGCAACAGUCACCGACAAUGACAUUACCCGACUGGCCUCUCUCCCACUGCACCCUCUCACACUCGCAGAUCUUGUAAAACAUGGCCGACCACCGCUCACGACUCAGCAACUCCUCGCAUCCUCAAACUUCACACUCUCGAUACUCCCAGCUCGCCUCGCACACCGCAUCCAAUCCCUACGUAACCUUCCAUUCAUCGUAGUCGCAAACCCACACAUCUCCAAGAUCCACAGCAACUACCUCCAUUCGCUGUCGACGCUCCUGCCAUGGGCCGAACACGAGAUCAAGACUUUGGAGGAGGAAAUCCGCUUCACCGAAGUCAUGGCCGAUCUCGUGCAGACACAUAGCAACACGAUCUCCAUCCUCGCACGCGGGUUCCUCGAGGCGCGGAAGUAUAUAUCGCCAAGCGACGUAACACAGUUCCUAGACGAGCACUUGCGGGCCAGGAUCGGGACGAGAUUGAUCGCAGAGCAGCACCUGGCAUUGCACUUUUCAAGCCAACCACACAGCGAGCUCAUGCACCCGGAGCAGGAGGAGGAGUACCGAGGGUUCAACGGCGUCAUCGACACGAAGCUUCGGCCAGCGAGGAUCAUCCAGCACUGCGAGAACAUCGUGGGUGAAAUCUGCGAGCUGAAGUACGGCGUACGACCCCACGUCAACAUCAACGGAGACCCUGACUACACGUUCGCGCAUGUACCAGUGCAUCUGGAGUACAUCAUCACAGAGCUACUCAAGAACGCAUUCCGCGCGACGAUCGAGAACGGGAAAGAAAAGGAACCCAUCGAAAUCACAAUCGCCCCGCUACCAAACGAAGAAGUCAGCGACAGCAACGAACGAUCACGAAUCGAGAUCCGCAACCGCGACCAAGGGAACACCGACAUCGCGAGCCGCGUCUUCACCGGCCACAACGACGAAUCCAUCUCGAAAGCCACCUCCUCCUACGACCAACAGAUCCGGCCGCUCGCCCACUCCACACCGGGCGUCACGAUCCGCAUCCGCGACCGCGGCGGCGGCAUCUCCCCCGAGAACUACGCCCGCAUCUGGGACUACAGCUUCACGACGUUCAACGAGGACGAGGCGAGCCACUCGCUCGCGGGCGGCGGCUCCAGCAGCGGCAUGGACGCCCUGAACGCCAUAUCCGGGCCCGGCGGCGACGGCGCGAAUAGCCUCGCGGGGCUGGGCUACGGCCUCCCGCUCGGCAGGGCGUACGCAGAGUACUUCGGCGGCGGCAUCAACGUGCAGAGUCUCUGGGGCUGGGGCACAGAUGUGUUCCUAAGGUUGAGGGGCGUCGGUCGGGUGGAGGAAUGACGACGCAUUGCGUGAUGGGACACGUGAGGAAGGGCGGCACGCAGCAGCGUUUUAUAUGCAUACAUCAAGGCAUUUACAGGCGCGAGAUUCCAGUCAGAUACAUAUACACACAUCAUAGCUUUAACAAACCCGAUA